UUUACUCCGCCCCUUCGCUCAGGGAUUCCUGGGUUGUUGACAUUACUGCCACGGGUCAGGAACAGUAAGGACCUGACGGACUCUUUCUGAACACGUAGCUACUACCUAAUUCAACUCAUUUUACAAUUAGAGGUCUUCUGUUUUUAGCGCACAGGGAAACUCGACUGCAGCACGACUUUGGAUUUGGAAAAGUAAGCCCCAAAGCAAAGACAACCCGCCAUCACCACCAGAAGACGGAAGGAAAAGUGAGGCUCCCACUUCCUGAGGUGUUAGUGACUGAUCUUCUGACACCAUGGACAUGGACUCCCAAUCACAAGGCCAGCAGGCAGCAGUACCCUCGUUCCAGCCACAGAAGCCGCUCCAGCCGGACAUGGGCCACAACUCUCUGGCUAACUUCCUGAUUGAGAAGAAGAUUGGGCGGGGCCAGUUCAGUGAGGUGUACCGGGCCAGGUACCUGAUGGACAACACCUCCAUGGCCCUUAAGAAGGUUCAGAUAUUCGACUUGAUGGAUGCCAAAGCUCGGCAAGAUUGCAUCAAAGAAAUAGAUCUCCUAAAGCAACUGAACCACCCCAACGUGAUCAAGUACCAUGCAUCAUUUAUUGAGGAGAACGAGCUGAACAUUGUGUUGGAGCUGGCUGAUGCUGGGGACCUCUCCCGGAUGAUCAAGCAUUUUAAGAAGCAGCGGAGGUUGAUUCCAGAGAGGACCGUGUGGAAGUACUUUGUCCAGCUGUGCAGUGCGCUGGAACACAUGCACUCUCGUCGGGUCAUGCACAGAGAUAUCAAGCCAGCUAAUGUGUUCAUAACUGCCACAGGAGUGGUGAAGCUGGGAGAUCUGGGCCUGGGAAGAUUCUUCAGCUCCAAAACCACCGCUGCCCAUUCUCUAGUGGGCACCCCCUACUACAUGUCUCCAGAAAGAAUACAUGAAAACGGAUACAACUUCAAAUCUGACAUCUGGUCGCUAGGCUGCCUGCUCUACGAGAUGGCAGCUCUCCAGAGCCCAUUCUACGGUGAUAAGAUGAACCUGUACUCUCUUUGUAAGAAGAUAGAGCAGUGUGACUACCCUCCACUUCCAUCUGACCACUACUCUGAAGAGCUGAGAAAGGUGGUAGAUAUGUGUAUUAACCCCGACCCAGAGAAGAGGGCUGACAUCAUAUAUGUGUAUGAUAUUGCCAAACACAUGCAACGCCAGACGCAGCUGGGCAGCUAAGUCUUCACCGGAGACACACUACGACCUGCACUCCUCUCCUCUCCUCUCUUCCCUCACCUCCACAGAAGGACAGGCAGACAUCGAUGUUGUCUUUCACACAGUCAUGUAUUCAGAAGUUCAGUUGUUCCGAGGUCUCUGUAUUGUUAAGGUUGUUUUUGUUUAGGAGAAGGGAGUGCUGUCUGUAUGUCCCAGAUAUGUCCUGUAUCUAUUCCCAUUGAGCUUAAAGAUGGCUGCAGCUAAGAAUGUUCUGAUGGUGCCCCCUGCCCUGCCCUGCCUGGCCCUGCCCUUCACGGCCCUGCCCUGCCCUGCAUGGCCCUGCCCUGCCUGGCCCUGCCCUGCCUGGGCCCUGCCUGGCCCUGCCCUGCCUGGCCCUGCCCUGCCUGGCCCUGCCCUGCCUGGCCCUGCCCUGCCCUGCCUGGCCCUGCCCUGCCUGGCCCUGCCCUGCCUGGCCCUGCCUUAGACCGCUGCGUCACUCGGGAGGCCCGGUCCUGACGUCGUUAAACAGAAAUAGAGCAUAUGUACUGUCUCCAUGUGUACACAGCCUGUAUCACAGAGGAAUCUGCAAUAGGAAUGUUUAGUGUUGUACUGUUAGUUAUUUUAGUAACAGAACAUCCUGUUAGAUGUAGUUUAUCUGGAGAGCUAUAGUAUCGAGAUCCAAUCAAAAAUACAGAGGGAAAGAAGAAGAAGAAGAAAUCUAGUGUUUGAUGGUUAAAUGUUGCUGUGUUGCACUUUGUACCCCGGUACUGACAGGGUGGUGAGGUAAUGUGGUGAUGAAUGUGUCUAGGAGGGGGGUGUCUUUUACCCCAAAGAGCAAAAAGAGAACUAGUGAAGAGGUAGGUAGAGGUAGAGAGAUGCUGCAAGUUAACACUGAGGUUUAUACAUGUAUGUACUUGGUUGAAUGUAAUAAUGAUGUUAUAAUUUCAAAUAUAAAAGCUUUAUUUCCAUUU